AUGUCAAAUCUACAACAAUUUCAAUGUCGUAUGUACGAAGCAAAAUACCCCGAGGUCGAAGAUUUAGUAAUGGUUAAUGUUCGACAAAUAGCCGAAAUGGGUGCCUAUGUUAAACUGCUAGAAUAUGAUAAUAUUGAAGGUAUGAUCCUAUUAUCAGAGUUAUCAAGAAGACGUAUCAGAAGUAUUCAGAAAUUAAUUAGAGUUGGAAGAAACGAAGUUGUAGUAGUACUAAGAGUUGAUAAAGAAAAGGGGUAUAUUGAUUUAUCAAAACGUAGAGUUUCACCUGAAGAUGUUGCAAAAGCAGAAGAAAAAUUUAAUAAAUCAAAAUCUGUUCAUAGUAUAAUGAGACAUGUCGCAGAAAAACAAGAUCUAGUUCUCGAAGAUCUUUAUAAGCAGAUAGGAUGGCCACUGUAUAAAAAAUACGGACAUGCUUAUGAAGCAUUUAAAUUAGCUAUCACUGAACCAGAAAAGGUAUUUGAAGGAAUCGAAACAUCUAAAGAGGUUAUGGAUGAAUUAUUAAACAAUAUUAAACGACGUUUAACGCCUCAACCAAUUAAAAUUCGAUCUGAUAUUGAAGUUACAUGUUUUGGGUAUGAGGGAAUUGAUGCAAUUAAAGCCGCAUUCAAAGCUGGUGAAUCAUGUCAAACAGAUGAUAUUCAAAUAAAGGUAAAAUUAGUUGCCCCUCCAUUAUAUGUUAUGAUUACCAACGCUUUGGAUAAAAUUUUAGGAAUCGAAACAUUAGAAAAAGCAAUUGAAUCAAUUAAAGCUACAAUUGAAAAAUCAAAUGGUACCUUGACAGUCAAAAUGAAACCAAAAGCAGUAAGUGAAACCGAUGAACGUGAACUUGCCGCUCUUAUGGAUCGUGUGGCAAGAGAGAAUGCCGAAGUUUCAGGUGAUGAUGAUAUUGAUUCUGAAGCCGAUGAGGUGGAAUAA